UCAUUGCCUAACCCAAGAAUACGACGGCGACGGCGAUCAAGACCAUCAGACGUCUGCUUCUGUACCUUGCAAGAAACCCUUCAGGCAGGAUGGCAGUGAGUUCCGCACCCGCCAGCUCGCUCAGUUCACAUGAUCCGAGCAUCACCUACGACACAAUCGACUUCAAUGACCGCAAACAAGUGGUUGCUGCGCGCAAUACCAUGAUUCGAGAGCAGUGGAUCAAGACGAUGGAGCAGCGGCUUGUUCGCGAUGAACUUGCGCGGUGCUAUAAAUCCGAGGGCGUGAAUCACUAUGUCACUUGCAAGCAUCUUGCUGACCGUACGUGCCGUGGAUGACUUGGUAUGAAGGCUGACUUGCAGGUUACAUGGCUAUGCUGAAGGAGCACCGCCACGUUACUGGCUA